UGGUGGCAAGCACAACUGCUUAUUAGCGGAUUGGAAUCUUCCGACGGCCCAUUUAUUUCUCCACUGUCUUUCUACCUACAUUGUACAGUAAAACCCUAAUAUGGAAUCCUCCGCCAGAAUUUUCUCUUCCCCAAAUCUCACUCGCCAUUUACGCACCUCCCUCGUCGUCUUCCUCAAACCUCAUCAAUCGUCUCCUCCUCCUAAUAAGCAUCCACCACCGUUCAUCAUCCGAUCAUCCUCAACCUGGAAAACAUCCUCUCCUCCUCCGAUCCCCCCCUUUUGCUGCAUUCGCGCUUCGCAUCAUCAUCCUAUCUUCUUCUCUCACUCUCAUAGAGUUUCAGGCAAAUUCGGAUUAUUAUUCAAUUCACUCUCUUCCUCUCACAUAACCGCCUCAUUUCACUCCAGCGAUGGUUCCGUUUCCUCAGACGUUGAUAACAACAACAAGUCCUCCGAUUCGAAUUUGUAUACUAUACACGGCGGAGACGCGGCGGAAGCGGCGGCGGAGGAUAAGCGACCGUUGGUAACCGCUGUACUGAUGGGAUGGUUGGGAGCGAAACCUAAACAUCUGAAGAGGUACGCUGAACUGUACAAUUCGAGAGGAAUUAACUCUGUUAGCUUUGUAGUUUCGGCGAAAGAAGUUGUUGACAUGGGGAAGAAAUUGGAAGCUAGAAUCGAAUCCUUCUCCCGUGAAAUUGAGUCGUGGCUGAGGGAUUCAGACAAAGAUGGACGCCAACGAUUCUUGAUCUUCCAUACUUUCAGUAAUACCGGCUGGCUUGUAUAUGGAUCAAUUCUUGAGAAAUUUCAAGGGAAGAAGGAAAUUCUGGACAAGAUUAAAGGUUGCGUUGUUGAUUCUGGAGCAGACCCACAAAUUAAUCCCAAGGUUUGGGCAGCUGGUUUCGGCACUGCCCUGUUGAGAAAACGGAGUUCAGCAGUGUACCCUUUCAGCGAUGACUCAGUAGAAACACAUAACAAAGAGACCACCACCACCCCUUUGGUGGAAUCAAUGUUAUUGGCAUUGCUAGAGAAGAUCUUCACUGUUCUUCUUGAACUGCCCUACAUAAACGGGAGGUUGAAGAAGAUCAUAGAUAUACUAGCAAACAAACAACCUUAUUGUCCUCAACUUUACCUAUAUAGUACUGCAGACAAAGUCAUUCCUUAUCAAUCUAUUGAAUCUUUCAUUGAAGAUCAAAAGAGAAAGAGAGGAGGAGGACAAGUACUUUCCUUUAACUUCGCCAACUCUCCUCAUGUUGAUCACUACAGGAAUUUUCCAGAAAUUUAUUCUUCGCAGCUGCACAAUUUCUUGGAAGCAAGUCUUUCCAAAACCUCCUCCUCCUGAAAGUGAAACCCUCAAAAUUCUCUGUUUUUUUUUUUUCUUUUUUGAAUUGAAUUGAAAUGGGUAGAAAAUUCUAAUGCUUACUCAUUGUUACAUCAAAGUAAAAUGCUUUCAUUGUGAAACA